AUGAAACUAUCACUCUGCUUUUCUAUCAUACUGUUGAUUCCACUAGUCUUCUCAUUGCCCUUUAUUGAGGAAGAACAGGUAUCUAAAAAGUUGCUCGGUAGGUCCCUAGAUUCUCCACAUAUUGAAGAUUUAGCUGAGUUUGGGUCUUCGAAACCAUUCUCUAAUAUGGGCUAUUUUCAUUUAAAGGCUGAGAAAAAAGGCUCUAAUUGCACAUACUCAGACAAAUGUAUAGAAUAUAGUGAACAACUUCUUCUUUCAAACUGCUCUGGUUUUCUAUCUGACGAUUCUGAGCUAACCAAAUUCUACACCUGUGCCUGUGCUCUUUCAGAUGCUUACUGGAAGGCAAAUUACAGAUGCUUCUACUGUGUCGACACUGUUCAUGAAGAGACCCUCAACAUAAUCAAAAACGAAUUGUGCAUGGAUUACACCAACAACACAGAUGCAAAGAACUCAACCUUUACUGAUGCCACUCUUUGCAAUCGACUCACCAAUGCUUGCUAUCAGCUCGAAGGUUUGGCUGCCUUUAAAUGCGAUUCGUACUUCAGUGAUAACGACUACUAUGAGUGUCUCUGUGCGUUAUCCAACGAAGAAUACUGGAACUCUGAAUUCGAAUGCUAUCUGUGCUCUGCAAAAUACCUGGCCCAUCAAGUCGAUCUGUACAAAAAAGACGUCUGCAUUUCUUUCAACAUUAAAUCAACCAACCCAACAAACUCCUCUGUAUCCUCAACUAUAUUGUUACCAACAGUUUCAGAAUCAAAGUUGCAAUCAGAAUCAGAAUCAGAAUCAAGUUCAAAUACAGGCUUCAGCUCUAGCUCCACUUCUAAUUCUGCUGCCAACUUUUCUGCAACUUCUCUGCCAUUUUUCUUAUAUGUGUUUUUGCUAUUUCGGGUUGUUUUGCUUAAUAUUUUAUAA